AAAAAGAAGACACCCACUUUGGAUUUUACUGUACCAAAUGAGGUAAACGAAACGUACACUGAGAUAAUCUGACUACUAGAAAUGAAGUGUUUGGUUGUGUUUUGUAUGCUGGUCUUUGCGACUGCAGAGACAUCAGCAUCCGACUCCACUGAAUGGCAUUUCAUAACAACCAACAACAAUGGUGACAAAGUGCACGCCUCCGUGGGCCUGAAUCGACGCAGCAUGCUUCUCAUACCAGACGCCGUCAAUCGUCCAGGGAGAUGCAUCAAGAGAACCAUCAACCAGCACGACUUUGAAAAGCGCUUGGUUGCCAUGAAGGACCCUGUAAAACGAGAAUGUUGGGUGAAACCGCUCGGGAAAAGGGAGACAUACGAAAAUGUCAAGAAGAUCAUUGAGACUGGGAAUGACAUGCUGCAGCAUUCAGAACACUGGACUAUUCCGAAACGAUCUCUGGAUAAGGACCAGGUGGAGAGAGAAGUCGGAAGUCUUCUCUCAGACUUCUGUUCUGACUCAGAUGUCUACAUGCUCAAGAGAGAUAAACUAGAUAGUUUAAAAUCAAAGCUGAAAAAGGAGGGAAGAGAAUUAUGUGUUGGCUUGUGUGGGGACUGUAAGGUGAUUCCCAAGAAAGAGCUAUAGAAUACGCAGCUGAAAUGCCGAAAUUUGUUCCAGUCUGGCCAACAACAUGGAUUAAGACACAUACGAUGUUUGAAACUAAUACAGUUUUGAAGUAGCAA